AUGUCAUCCCCUGUCAAGGCCUCCACAAUGGCAGAGAAGCCUAUUGACUCAACUCACAUUGAGAAAAGCGAUCCCGCUUUAUCAGUGUCAUCUUCAAACCGAGACGAGGAGAACUCCCCACGAGAACCUGGUCAGGACUGGACUGAUGAAGAAGAGAAGAGCCUGGUUAAAAAGGUAGACUGGAGGGUGUUUCCCAUGCUCUGCAUAGUUUUCGGAUUGAGUCUGCUGGACAGAACAAACAUCAGCGCUGCUUAUAUUGCCGGGAUGAGCACCGACCUUCAACUUACCGUGGGAGCCCGGUAUUCCAUUGCGCUACUGGUCUUCUUCAUUGGUUAUGCACUCUUUGAAAUACCCAGCAACUUGGUCAUCAGAAGACUUGGAGCACAGUGGUGGUUGAGUUUUUUGAUCGUUGCUUGGGGAUUAAGUGUGCUUGGAAUGGGGUUCGUUCAUAGCUGGGAAGCUCUCACGGUGUGCAGAGCGCUGCUGGGCGUUUUCGAAGCUGGCCUAUUCCCUGGCGCGAUUUUCAUCAUCGGCUCCUGGUACAAGCAGUUCGAGACUGCUCGCAGGGUCUCGUUAUUCUACAUGGCUUCUCUGCUGUCCUCCGGCUUUGGACCUAUCUUUGCCUAUGCCUUGUCACUGAUUCGGGUCGGAGAUGGUAUCUAUCGGCAGGGGUGGAGGUGGAUCUUCAUAAUAGAGGGCAUUGUCACCGUUGUGGCAGGCAUGGUAGCCCCGCGAUUUUUGGUCGAAUUCCCCGAGAAGGCCAAAUUUCUGAACGAUCGUGAAAAGCAUAUCGCUAAUGCGAGGCUUCUGACGGACAAGAAGGCGCGAGCACAUGUGGAACCGACACUGAAGGAAAGUAUGAAGAUGUUGCUCGACUGGAAGCUCAUCAUCUAUUCCUUACAAUACUUCGUGUCGGCUUCUUCAGUGUACUCUCUGGCAUAUUUCAAGCCCAUCAUACUGCGACAGGGAAUGGGUUUCUCAUACGCUCUCUCGCAAAUUCUCGCUUCACCCCCAUACGUCUUUGCCAUUAUCAUGUCGUUGACGAUGGCGUGGGUGAGCGACAAGUACCGGAUUCGUUGGCCGAUCCUGUGCGGUCAGUCCGUCACCGCCAUCGUCGGACUGCUCAUUAUCUUGUACUGCAAGCCCCCUGGCGUUCGGUAUUUCGGCCUCUAUCUCGCCAUUUUUGGCACACAGGCAAACGUUCCGGGUACGCUGGCUUACGGGCAGAGCCAGACUGCCGACGUGAGAAAGAAAGGGGUGGUCGCUGCGGCCAUGAUCAGCGUGGGUGCUGCCGGUGGUAUCACAGGCAGUACCAUCUUCAGAAGCCAAGAUGCACCGGUGAGUUAG